GGCCGGAGGCCUAUGGGGCGCGGCGCCGCGCCGGAGCGCCCGCAGCCCCUCCCCGCCGCUGCCCGCGGGACUGGGAAUAAAGACAGAUAGCGGGGCAGGCAGCAGCCGGGCGGGGAGGGAGGCUGGGAGAGGGAGCGCGGAAAGUUUCGUGCGGAGCCCGCGGGCGGCGGCAGCGAUGCCCAUGCUGCGCGGAGCGCUGGCGCUGCGCGGGCGCCGCCGGCCUUAGGGGCAGCGAGCGCGGCGCGGGGCCCGGCAGCGAGCCCCCGGCCCGGCCCGGCCUCUGCUCUUCCCUCCGGGCGGCGAGGAGGAAGCACCCCGGGCAGGGACGGGAAAGCGGCGCCGGCCGGAGCGCGGGGAAGGAGAGCGGCACCGCGGGGACGGCCGCCGCCGGCAGAGCCCGGGGGAAAGAUGAGCUUGUUGUCAGCCAUCGACACCAGCGCCGCGUCCGUCUACCAGCCCGCCCAGCUCCUCAACUGGGUCUAUCUCUCGCUGCAAGACACGCACCAGGCCAGCGCCUUCGAUGCCUUCAGACCCGAGCCCUCCUCGUCGCAGCACCCCGACCUCGGCUACACCAAGAGCACCCCGGAGCUGGGCUCCUCGCUCAGCUCCAGCUAUCUCAACAGCUUCUUCCAGCUCCAGCGGAGUGAGGCUCUGAGCAGCAGUCUGUACAAGAGUGCAUCGCCUUAUGGCUCUCUUAAUAACAUUGUGGAUGGGUUAAGCUCCCUCACCGAGCAUUUCUCUGACCUAUCCCUUUCUUCAGAAGCCAGAAAACCCAGCAAGAGGCCACCUCCUAACUACCUGUGCCACCUCUGCUUUAACAAGGGACACUACAUCAAAGACUGCCCCCAGGCUCGUCCAAAAGGAGAAGGCCUGACUCCAUACCAGGGCAAGAAACGCUGCUUCGGGGAAUAUAAGUGCCCCAAAUGCAAGAGAAAAUGGAUGAGUGGAAACUCCUGGGCUAACAUGGGACAAGAAUGUAUCAAGUGCCACAUUAAUGUUUAUCCUCACAAACAGAGACCUCUGGAAAAGCCGGAUGGCCUGGAUGUUUCAGAUCAGAGCAAAGAACAUCCCCAGCAUCUGUGUGAGAAAUGCAAAGUUUUGGGCUACUACUGCCGCCGUGUGCAAUAAACCUUCCAAGUGGCCUCUUCCCGUCCCCAUCAUCCUUAAAGAUCCUCUGGCAGCAUGCGAUCAACAGCAAUUCAACAAAUCAAGAGAACAGCUCCAAUAACUGCCAAUAUUGCCUAUCUAAUAAUAUGCCUUACCAUUAACGGAAUGUAACAUUGCUCCUGGGCACGCACCAGCGUGCCACAGGUAUUUACAGGACUACCAUUUGUAUACAUAUAUAUCUCGAUUUCCAUGCAUAUGUAUGUACACACACAUCUACGAAGCGUUACUGACAGCGUUCACAACGGAACCGCCGCCGCAGGUUCUGCUGAUUGUUUACACACAUCCUAUAUCGUGGCCAGGCGAAGUGAAGUACUAUUCAAUAGGCAAGGUAGAACAUUCACAGGGAUUACAUAUAUAUGACUUUUGCAGAGGUUAAGUAACUGUGGGGCCACUAACUGCAAGCACUCGCCCACACACAAGCAUUAUUCCUAUUAUAUGACAAGAUAAAGGAAGAUGAAACAAGCCACAGCAUAAAAGAAGGAAAAUCGUUUUCUCAGUUUUAGAAAGUCUGAGAGGUUUGUGCUGCUGAUUUCUUGGACUUUUUCUAUUUGUUACCAUUGCUUGGGCAGGGCUUAGGCAAAAUCAUUUUUGCAGGAUGUGGCAAAAAAAAAGUGAGUAAUUGUUCGAGGGCGUGGGUUGGGCAGAAAGGGGAUGCCAUAAUGGGACCCAGAGCAUUGGGAAGGGUUCCAAGAGGUUUUUGGAGGAGACAAAACUGGCUUGCUUAUGCGACUAACAGAUCCUUCUCUUGUCAUAUAACCCCACUGAAAUGGUCCCUGUAUUUGUAUGGGUUGUUCAUUAGGCCAUAAGCACACUAAAUUGACUGUGAAUAAGAGGGGAUAAGAAUACUUACAACUGUCCCCAAAACCCUUAAUUGAAAGAUUAGCCAAACUUACUAUUUAUAAUAGUUUUAAAGCCACUUUCUGGAAAGAUUUUUUAUGUCCUGGUUUCUACUGUACAAAUUUGUUAUAAUACAAAACUUGUUAGCCAUAGGGGUGUUUUGAAGCAUGGACAACACUCUAUAUACCCUUCUCUCUUUAUGUCUUCCUGAAGCACCUACAUACCUGAGGAGAAACAGAGGAGUUACACUUGGUUGUCUUAUUUCAGGUAGAACUUUGUGCAGGGGCAUCCUGCUGCAAAGAAGUAUCUCAUCAGGGAUUGGGAAAUACCAUGAACUGAAAGUACCUCGAGACAGCAGCCUGUUUGUAUGUCUACAUAAGAGCACAUUGUCAAAAGGACACAACAAGCAAUUCACUUCUAGCAUUCACUGAAAAAUUACAGGGAUAAUGUUUGUUUGGGGUUUUUUUAAUCAUCAGUAUCUGGAUUUGUGAAGCUUCCUUUAGAGAGGUUUGUGUGAAUGAUAUUUAGUGGAAAUAUAAAUCCUAAAUAAUGACUUUAAUUAAUAUUUUUUUGAGGAUUAAUUCCAUUAGGCUAAGACAGAGGAGUUUCCAUGCCAAGGGAUAGCAGGAUGUUACCAGGAUGUACAGUUAAGCUCUUGUAAAGCAAACUGAAGAUUUUGUGAGUAUUCAUCUAGGAAAUGUGAAACUCAAUACAAAUUUGCUCUAAGGUGAAACUUUUACUAUUUCUGUGCUUUGCUAUAAGCAAUGCAAAACUGUUCCUGCUUGUUCUGGUGACAGUGUCAUGUAUGUAUCUUGAAAAUGUCAUUAUUUAUGGGUAGCCCAAGUGACCCAGCCUAUUGGUUGCAGCAAUGGAUAAACUUUGGGACUUUUGGCUUCUGACCACAUCUGUUCCAUUAGCUCCCUGAUUUUGGGCAAGUCAUAAGUUUCUUCUGGACCUCAGUUUCCCCAGCUGCAAAAUGGGGAUAGUGAUGCUUUAGUAUACCUCCCUCACAGGAAAGUUGUGAGGCUUACUUAAUAUCUGUAAAUGUUUUGACAUCACUGAAUGAUAAGUGCUAUGUAAUGCUAAAAUAAUAUUAACUAAAUUAAUCACUUGGAAACUAGUUUUGCCCAGUUGGCAAUUCCAUGGACUAAAAUAGCUGAAAAUAAUAUUGAAAGUUAACACUAAGAACAGUUCGGUUGCCUCAGUGAAGAGAUGCAUUUUCAGAUGGAAACACAUUCUUUUGCACAGACUCAGUAAUUACCUUAGAGACAACUUUUCUAAACAAAGAUAAUAAUCUGCCCAUACAAGUAAGAAUAGAGAAUACACAGCCACAUCUCAAGGCAGAUUCUCAAAGUCUGACUGCUAGUAUUAAUCUCAAGCACAAUUUUGAAAGAGCUGUGUGCUAAACCAGAUCUACUUUUUGCUCUUGAGCACUUAAUAGUAUAUGAACAAAAAAGAACACAAACAAAGUCACUGUGAUGCUUCACAUGCAGCUAAAGGGCACGGAGAGAAACCUCCUUAGAUGAAGAUAAGGGAAAAGGUUGGUUCAUUUUCUCCUGAAACUAAGAUGUUGCUAUCAACCAUUUUGUUCUGUGUUGAAAUAAUUUCCAUCUUAUGAUAACCACUAGAUCAGUAAAACAGCACAUCCCUUGAUAUAGCUACAUCAGUAUACAGCACACCACCAGGUUCUGAACAAAGGCCAUCGAAAAAGAUACUGUUAGAUGCAAUUGUUGCUGUUUUCAUGACAGGGCCCUGUUAAAAAUUGUUUAUCUGGAUUCAACACUGCACUGCAAUGCCUUUAGGUUAUGGAUUUUUUUGACUAUGCUAAAAAAAUACACAACAGACUUUAACACCAUUAAUAUCUAUAGGUGUAUAAUAAUAAUUCUUAAGAGCAUACUCAUGAGAGCUGAACAUUUCUACUCAGCACUCUGGCGUAGACUUUUUUUUGUCCCUUCUCUUCCCAACAAUCUGGUGCCUGGUGAAGGCAGCAGUGUUCCUCUCUCCCUCUCAAUAUGAGGUUUGCUGAUAGGGUUGCAGCACUAGACCCUGGGUAUUUGCUCCACGCUCAUCUGUAUAUGGUUUGUGGGGUGCUACACACUUGCAUAAGUAACAUACAAUAGCUUACAACCAUGGGCUUGUACUUAAUGGUACAGAAGGGAAAUGCCUGAAUUUCUAUUUCAGAAAAGAAAAGAGAAAAAAUGAUUACAAAAUAUAGAUUUCUUCUCUUUCCUGUCCCCUCCCACAAAAGUAAUUCACCUAUAGACCUUAACUCUUUGCAAACCUUCUUAAGGAAGAACCUUAUGGAAGAACCUUACAGAUUUAGGUUUUUUACUAGAAAGAGGAUGAGUUUAUUUACCUCUUAGAUCUUUCUGAGAUUCUAUUUAAUCAGCUCUGCAUUUAGCACGUCAGCUAGUAAUCCUCAAACACAUUUUUAGAGAGUCUUACCAGAAGCAAAGCAAGCAGCAUUAAAAGGAGUUGGAAAUCAACAGAGGCUUCCCUAAACUGAAUAGUCUAGAUGGGUGCACCUCAAAGAAAUUUGGCUCUGUGCAUCUAUUUACCAAACUGGAUUUUUCACCUGUGAGGCUUGCAGUUGCCUGCCUACCAAUCCAUUCAGCACAAACUUCCCCCCACCACCACCACCACCCUCUCUCUUUUCCUCCUCUUGGGAUUUUUAACCUUUCUUUCCACAGUCAGAAUGUCUCACACAGAAUUUGUCUUUGGCAUUGGCACUGCUCUGGAAAAAAAAAAAAAUUAUCAGUGAUCUGAAAGGUGUGGUGUAGGUUUUUAGCUGCUUUAAUUUGAUGAGGCUCCAGUGAAGUUGUUACUUCAUUGAAUGGUGGUGAAGAAAAAUGCCUGUAGUUUAAAGGAUGGCCCCAUUUUAACCAGUUUCUACUGCUGCUACCACAGAUACAAAGUGAUGCCACAUAAGCAAAAGUUUGAGGCCCUUUGGUCUCAAAGUUGCUUUUUCAUGUCAAAUAAAUACACAAGAGUAUAUAUUAUUUCUGAAAAUAGGUGUAUUUUGAAGUUCCCCAUUAUAUGGGACUUAGUUCAUAAACUACAAAUGUGAAGCUACGUAUGUUUGAGAGAAGCCUUAUACUGAGAACUGUUCUCUGCAUUUCACCUUCUUGUGUAACGUGAAAUUUAGAUGAGACACGGGUUGCAUACCUGUGAUGCUCUAGCAGUGAUUCCAAAAAUAAAACUACUUAAAACAUUAAAAGUUAAGGGCUUUGGAAGUGCCAGACUUCAUAGAUUAGUUCUCCUUGUCCUGCAGUCACACAGAAUGGGUUAUUUUUUUCCUAGUACGGAUCCUAAGAGCUGUCCAUUGAGCAGUAUGCAAUAAAUCAGCAACGUGUGCUUUUCAAGUUAAGAGAAAUGACACACAUAUUCCACUUACCUCUGCCAACAUAAUCUAAAGUGUGAUGGAACCAUCCCCACAGAGAAAUCAUUCUUUAAGCUAUCACUUCACUCCCAAUUGGGCUUCAGCCCCUAUCUUUCGCCUAUCUACAGAAACCACUGCUGUCCAUUCAGCUUGCUAUAUUGCUGAUGUGCUCAGAGGGCUGCUGGAGAUCUUAAGAUAUAGGGACGAUGGUUUAUGUUUCUAGGAUGAAUUUCAAAGGGACAAUCGUGUGCAGUUACUAGCUAUAGAUGAUUGAUAUAAAUGUUUACCCCCGUAUGAAGUAUUUUACCGUUUUACUUGCAGAUGUGUAUUUAUCUUGAGUUAUACUUGACAUAGAGUUUCUUUCAAUUUUUUUUUAAUACUAUGUGUGUAUUUUGGAAACCUUUUUAGAUGUUAAAAUUUUUGAAUGGUUACAAAUAUUUCUUGUAAUACUGAAUUGUUAUCUUAUCUGGAAACUCUUUGCAGUAACUUUUUUGUAUAUAUUUGAGGGCCUUUUUAAAAAAAAAAAAGAAAAAGAAGUAUUGUUUGUGUUUUGGGGAAAAGUUUUUACAAUUUGGAAGCUUUCAGAAGGGCCUUCCUCUCAACUAGGAUACUAACAGAGGUAAGAGUUUUCUUAAGUAUUUUGCAGAACUAAGGAUGUAUCCUCAAGAAAAUAUUUAUGGAAGUAAUUUACUUUUUUUUUUUACAAUGCUUUUGUUUGUAUAAAGUAUGCAACAGAACUACAUUAAGAAGGAAAUAUUGUCUACAUAAAAUAUUAUAUGAAAGUUGGUACAUAAUUCUGACAAAAAAAACCCUUGCAAUUCUUUAAGCCAUAUUGUUUUUGUUAUCUUUGGAUGAAAAUAUCAGUAUUAAGUAACCAAUAUAUUAUUCAAGUGCUUAGACUUAUAUGAAAAUGCUUAUACAGUUUAUUUAUGUGUAUUUGGGGAAGGAUUACUAGAAAAAGCUAUCACUAGACAUUUAGCAAGUGAGGAGCAAAUAACAGUGUAUUGUCACUUUAUGGCCUUGUGAGAGAUACAGAAGAUGCUGAAAGCACCUAAGAAUCUUGGCUUUCAGAAACUCCGAAGCACAUGCAUUGGGUUUCAAAUGGUGGUUCUUUCCUUUCCCAUAACCACAGGGGAAGAGAGUAGGUUGGGACACUGUUUGACAACUUGACUUUCACAACUCUUUGUAGACUGUGAGCUCAGCUAUGCAGUAUCAGCUACAGCAAUAAUAUGAAUGAAAGGAUGUAAGAGAAAAUGAUUGAAGUAGAUUAUUGUAGGGGUUUAUGUUUAUUUUAAUUAGAACUCAUAGCAAUAUAGAAUAUGCAUGUGCACGUAUUUGAAGCAUUUUUACACUUUACAUGUAGUUUGAUUAUAUUAUGGAGGAUUGGGUUUUUAGUUUGAUAUUUUACCAUGCUAAAAUGGGAGGUCUGCCCAACCCUGUGCUGGAUUCUUGUUUCCUUUAAAAGGUUAUAUAGUACAGCACUCACUGCGUCGUGUACUAGUGCUAAAACUAACACUGUAUCUUAUUAAUUUCUUCAGCUUUAAACAAAAUUAACCUAAUUAUUAUUACAUUUGUUUAGCUGUACCCACUGACCUUGUCAGAUUCACUUGGCGAUUUGUAUAAUUUCCUUUUCUGUAACUGUUAAUAAACUUGUACAGCUAAAACAAACAAACAAAACCUAUGGACAAAGGCCUCAGAGGUACCAGUUCUGCUUCAGCAGUCAAGACGACAGCCUGCUCAUCUGGUGACUGUGUUGCUAAAGAGACUGUAAAACCUCUGUUGUGGAUUGUCCAUAAAAUGGCAUUCCGACAUGUGCCUUAUUUGCUGGAUAGUAUACAGCUUUCCUCUAGUAUUCUAGCAUUUUAAUGCUGUAUUAAAGUACUGCAAAAAAACACCAAACCUAAACAGCACGA